UGUAUUGAGAAGGUAUUUCCAUGCAAUCUGCAGAUUCACUCUUGACAGAACACUAAUCAUUUAAAUGACAUGCUUUGGAGAGGCAAUGGUGAUGAGUAGCCUGCACCCCUUUCUGCCCCUGGGGGCACACUGAUGUGGAGGGAGCAGGGGCGGACUGACAACUCAUGGGGCCCCAGGCAAUAGGGGAUCAUGGGGCCCCUGUGUCCUUGCCCAAACUCAAAAAAGCCUAUGAAAAAGGUACCAGGGGCAUCUCACGGGGCCCCCUACUGACCCCGGGCCCUCGGGCAGUG